AGACAUAUAGAUACUGCUCUGUGUCUUUCUUUCUUUCUUUCUUCUUCUUUGAGUUCAACUUUUUUGUUAGAAACGUCUUUGUUUUCUUUAACUCAACUUUUUUGAGUUGUUAAUAAUACUACUAGGGUGCUGUAGCUAAAGAGCUUUCUAGUUGUUGUUAUUGUCGUUGUUGUGUUUAAGAGGAUGAGUGCAUCAAAGUUCAUUAAAUGUGUUACAGUUGGAGAUGGAGCUGUUGGCAAGACCUGUAUGCUCAUUUGUUACACCAGUAACAAGUUCCCUACUGAUUAUAUUCCCACAGUGUUUGAUAAUUUCAGCGCCAAUGUGGCUGUUGAUGGGAGCAUUGUUAAUUUAGGGCUAUGGGAUACUGCAGGCCAGGAAGAUUACAGCAGGUUGAGGCCUCUGAGUUACAGAGGUGCUGACAUAUUUGUGCUUGCUUUCUCUUUAAUUAGUAGGGCAAGCUAUGAAAAUGUUCUUAAGAAGUGGAUGCCUGAGCUUCGGCGAUUUGCACCCAAUGUUCCAAUUGUUCUUGUUGGAACGAAGUUAGAUCUUCGUGACGACAGAGGAUAUCUAGCUGAUCAUAUGGGAUCUAACAUCAUAACAUCUUCUCAGGGAGAGGAGCUUAGGAAACAGAUUGGCGCUGCAGCAUAUAUUGAGUGCAGCUCUAAGACUCAGCAGAAUGUCAAAGCUGUUUUUGACACUGCAAUCAAGGUUGUUCUGCAACCUCCAAGGAGGAAGGAGGUGUCAAGGAAGAAAAGGCACAGACGAUCUGGCUGCUCAAUUGCCAGGAGUAUUGUGUGUGGAGGUUGUGCUGCUUAGGCAACGGUGAUAGCCGGAUGGAUAGUAAUGAAGCACUUUUGACAAGGAUUGGUGUUUUGCAGAUGUGUUGGGGCAUUCAGCAAGUGCUGAUUCCUAAUUAUCUACUUUUGUGUGAAGUGUAGGUGCAGUGAUAUAGUUUGAACUAAGAAAUAGUUUACUUUAAUCUUAUAAACUGACUUGGAGAAGAGUGGAGGGAAUUGUUCAUUCUCUUGUGUACUGUUACCAAGUAAUUGAUCUUGUGGGUUUGGGGUUUAAGCUGAUGUAUUAUUUUAAAUUAAUCUGCUUUAUCUA